AUGCGUGUCGGUGCUGCCGGGAGGUUGAACAGUGCACUCGAGCCCUCCCUACGUGACUACACCUUGUUGCACUCUUCGACCAUGUUCCAACGGAGCUACCAGCCUCAACGCCUGAAAGAAGAUAUAGCAGGGAUCCUUUUUGGAAGCCUCGGUGGCAGCAAUGGCGACGAGAAGUUAAUCCACGUUCUGCGUAAUGCAUCUCUCACUCGCGAUGAGCGGGCCCAUGUUAACCCAACUGCGGAAGAUAUGGCCGAAUUCGAGCAGCGAAAGGACAUCUGA